GGGCCCGCUGGGAGGUCGCCGGCCGCCCCGCCGUUUGAACUAGGCGGCUCAUGUGGGCGGUGGGCCGGCGGCGGGCGGGUUCGUGGGCACCCGGCGCCCGGGCCCCGGCCGACCUCAGGUCCUGGUCCCGGCCCUCUUCAGGCGCCUCCUCUGUGCUCGCGGGGCCGGACACGGUGACGCUGGGCCCGCCGUCGCCGAGCUGCAGCGAGUCCACCCUGUCGCUGUUGUCCCCCCUCGGCCACCAGAGCUUCCCGUCGGACGACGACGGGGACGGGGAGGAGGAGGACGACGUGGACGCAGAUGUCCGCGGCUCGGGGGCCGCGGUGGCGAGCCCGGGAGGAGCGGAGGCGCGGGGGCGCGGCAGCACGGUUGAAUCGGAAGAUAACGAAGAACAGCAGAACCAGGUGUGCUCACCGGAAUGCAGCCUGACACCAUGGGAAGUGUGGUUUGUUGGCAAAGAAAAAGAAGAACGUGGCCGUCUGCAGCAGAAAGCUCUAGAGGAAUUAAAUCAACAGCUAGAAAAAAGAAAAGAAAUGGAAGAACGUGAGAAAAGAAAGAUAAUUGCUGAAGAAAAGCACAAGGAAUGGGUUCAGAAAAAGAAUGAACAGAAAAGGAAAGAAAAGGAACAAAAAAUUAAUAAGGAAAUGGAGGAAAAAGCAGCAAAGGAACUGAAGAAAGAACAUUUGCAAGAAAAAGCAAAAGAAAAGUAUGAAGAAUGGUUAAAGAAAAAAAAUGCUGAAGAAUGUGAGAAGAAGAAGAAAGAAAAGGAAAAAGAAAAACAACGGCAAGCUGAAUUACAGGAAAAAAAGGAAAUAGCAGAAAAAAAGUUUAAGGAAUGGUUGGAAAAGGCAAAAAAUAAACCUCGUCCAGCUGCAAAGAGCUAUGGUUAUGCCAAUGGAAAACUUACAGGUUUUUACAGUGGAAAUUCUUAUCCAGAACCAGCCUUCUAUAAUCCGAUUCCGUGGAAACCAAUUCCUGUGCCUCCUCCCAAGGAAGCUAAGGAUCUCUCCAGCAAGAAGACCGCAAGGCCUGUGCCCAGGCAGCCACACAGGCCAUCGUCCCUGGUGGGUCAUAAAGCCAGAAGCCAUCCCUGCCUUGGAACUCUGUGCAGAAUACAAAGAUAGUAGAUGUGGGAAAUUGCAUGCUUUUACCUGGAGCUAUUUAAUUUCAAAAUCAGAACUUGUUUUUUACUGCUCAGUCCGUAGCUCAACAUUUGAUGUGAUUAUUGACAACCUGAAAGUUUUGCAUUUGUAUAUGGAGUCCUUAGAGUUAAUUGUGGAAAAUAUGUUACACACUUUCCUUUUUCUAAAUGCUUCAUGGUUGAUCUCAGAAGAUUGGUUCACAGGAUAAGUGACUGAAUAUCUAACAAUUGUGUUUGUAUUUAGCUUGUAUUAAAACUACACUGUAAUACCAAUAAAACCAACAGUUUUUCUUGCGUUCUUUCA